AUGUGCCUGUCUAGGGCGAUAAUGAAAGCGCUAAAUAAAUUACAAUGGCAAAAACCGACGGCCAUUCAAUCGGCGACCAUUCCUACUGCACUGGUUGGAAGCGACAUCUGUGCGUGUGCUGCCACUGGGACAGGCAAGACGGGGGCUUUCAUGAUUCCAAUCCUGGAGCGUCUCAUCCACAAGCCAGACAACAUGCCAUGCACACGAGUCCUCGUACUGACGCCCACCAGAGAACUGGCCGUCCAGAUUUUCCAGGUCUCCAAACAACUGGGACAGUUCACUAACGUCACCUUCUCACUGGCCGCCGGCGGUCUCGAUCGGAACAGCCAGGAGGCAGUCCUAAGAUUGGGACCGGAUGUCGUCAUCGCCACGCUCGGCAGACUGAUAGACCACCUGCAAAAUGCUCCCAACUUCAACCUCGGCUCCGUCGAGAUAUUAGUUCUGGACGAAGCUGAUAGGAUGUUGGAUGAAUACUUCGCGGAGCAAAUGAAGGAGGUGAUUAGCAGAUGUUCUAGAAUGCGACAGACCAUGCUCUUCUCUGCUACCAUGACUGAAAAAGUCAAAGAUUUAGCGUUACUAUCAUUAAAAAAUCCGACCAAAAUUUUCGUCAAUGAAAACCAAGAAGUGGCAUUGAACUUGCAACAAGAAUUCGUAAGAAUUCGAGCCAAUCACGAGUCAGAUAGAGAAGCAAUCGUCUGCGCCCUGAUCAAACGAACCUUUCAAAAUCGCUGCAUAAUCUUCAUACAAACGAAGAAGGAAGCACACAGGUUGCACAUCAUCCUCGGCCUUCUUGACAUUAAAGUCGGGGAGUUACACGGCAAUCUCACGCAACUUCAAAGAUUGGACGCUCUCGAAAAGUUCAAAAAUGAAGAAAUUGACGUUCUGAUCGCCACUGACCUCGUCGCUAGAGGCCUCGACAUCGAGGGAAUUAAGACUGUGAUAAAUAUGACGAUGCCGACGUCAGUCGAGCGCUACAUACAUCGUGUCGGUAGGACGGCUAGAGCGGGAAAAAGCGGAAGAUCAAUUACACUGGUUGGAGAGAAAGAAAGAAACUUAUUGGCUCAAGUUAUAAAAGCCUCAAAAGUACCAGUAAAAAUGAGAACCAUACCACCAGAGGUGAUAAUGAAGUACCGUUCAAGAAUAGUCAGGCUAGAGAAAGACGUGAGAGAGAUUGAGAAGGAAGAAGAGGAAGAGAAAGAAUUCAGAAUCACUGAACUGAAAGCCAACAAAGCUAUAAAAAUGAUUGAACACCAUGACGAGAUAAUGAGCAGGUCUAAAAGGACGUGGUUUCAAUCGCAUCAAGAAAGACAAAAAGAAAAAGGUUGA